AUGACAUUCUUACCAAAACUCUCCGUUCUUGUUCUCAACUUUUGUUUUUUCUGGGUUUUCAUGUCCACUACUCUUGUGUUUUCUCAGCCUGCUCUUAACAUGGUGGAACAAGAAUCAGUGUACAAUGUUCUUGAGUCCAUUAACUCUGAAAUCCCGUGGCGUUCUCUGUUUCCUGAUGAUUUCUGCUCCUCUUCUCCACAUGGGGUUGUUUGUGACUACUUUGUUCAAGAAAACUCAAACACAACAUUUACUGCUCAUAUAACUGAGAUUAGUCUUGGUUAUGUUUCAGAUUAUGCUCCUAACCCACCUUGUACUCCUAAUACUACUCUAAAUGCUUCCCUUUUUGCUCCUUUUUCUUACCUCAGAAAGAUCUUUGUUUACAAAUGUUUCACUGAAAAUGAGGUUUCUUUGUUUGACUUUGGAUCUUUGCCGCCUUCUGUUGAGGAGCUGGUUUUUAUGGAGAACCCGGGUCUUGUUGGGGCUGUAAGUGAAAAAGUUGGUAACUUGACGAGUAUGAGGAGGUUGGUAUUGAGUGGAAGUGCUGUUUCUGGGAAAAUACCAGAUGGGGUUGGUGGUUUGAUCAACUUAGAGCAGUUGACACUUUCAAGAAACAAACUUGGUGGUGAAAUUCCAGUGGGGUUAAAGACACUGAGGAAACUCAGGGUUCUUGAUUUGAGUCAAAAUGAGCUUGAAGGAAAUGUUCCUGAGUCUAUAGGAAACUUGACUCAAGUUUUAAAGCUUGACUUUAGCUACAACAAGUUGUCUGGGAAAAUUCCUGAAAGUUUAAAGGGUUUGAAGAGUUUGGAGUUUUUGGACUUGAGUUACAAUCAUUUUGCCAAUUUUGGGAUUCCAUUGUUUUUGGCAGAGAUGCCUAGUUUGAGGGAAGUGUAUCUGAGUGGGAAUUUGCUAGGAGGGCAAAUUCCAGAAAUAUGGGAGAAUCUUGGGGGUAUUGUAGGGAUAGGAUUAUCAAAAACAGGACUAACUGGGAAUAUUCCUGCUUCUAUGGGUGUAUAUUUGAAAAAGAUUUGCUAUUUGGGGCUUGAUAAUAACAAGUUGGAAGGGACAUUACCUGAAGAGUUUGGGGCAUUAGAACAUGUUAAUGAGUUGCAUUUGGAAAACAACAAUUUGAGUGGAAAACUUCCAUUCUCUGCACAAUUUGUCUCCAAAGUGGGAGAAAAGUUGAAGUUGGAAGGCAACCCUCAUCUUUGUGCAGAUGAAGACUUGAGAAUUUCUAAUGUUAGUGGUAGCUUGGGGCAACUAAAGUUGUGUAACAAAGCUGAUGUUCCCAAAUAUGUCCCUUUCUCUAGAGCAUCUUCACUGUUACCUGCUUCAUAUUUUUUAACUGCAAUGUUUGUCUGUGGUGUAUGCGAAACAGAUUGCCAGACCUGA